UCCCCUUCCAUACACACACACACACACACACACACAAACGCCCUCUCUUUCCUCUCACCGCAAAUGCUGAUAACCUCCCUUCUCUCUCUAAAAUGCCUUCUUUCUCCAAGUCGUCCUCCUUCACCUGUCCGCCUUCUCCCCCUCAAUUGUACGAAUCCUCCGAUGGCGCCGCCGAGCGACGCCUCCGGGAGGCGGAGGACCGCCUAAGGGAGGCCAUGCAGGAGUUGCAGCGCCGGCGGCGGCAAUACCCGCCGUGCGAUCACCCCGACGAGUCUUGCAUCGCCAACGCCAUCGGCAACCUCUGCCAGACCUUCCUCCUCUCCUAUGGUGUUCGCGUAGGCAUUGGAAUUUUGCUCCGCGCCUUCAAGCUUGCUCGCAGACAGUCGUAUUCCUCCAUUCUUGAUCUCAAGCAACUUGUCUCCGAGAAAGAUCUUAUAGUAAGAGAGGAAGCAUGCCGGAUUGGUUUGCUUUUUGGGGGAUUUACCGGAUCCUAUCAUGCUCUUAGAUGUCUGUUGCGAAAGUUGAGAAAAAAGGAGACGCCAAUCAAUGCAAUUUUAGCAGGUUCAGUCGCAGGAUUGUCUAUUUUAGCAUUAGAUGAUUCUAACCGGAGGCGUACACUUGCUUUAUAUCUUUUGGCGAGGGUUGCCCAGUGUGCUUAUAAUUCGGCAAAGUCCAAGAACAAGUUUCACCUUUGGGGAAGCCAUUGGGGACAUGGAGAUGCUUUACUUUUUGCUUUAGCAUGUGCACAGGUUAUGUACGUCUUUGUAAUGCGUCCUGAGAGCUUGCCAAAAUCAUAUCAGGAUUUCAUUCAGAAGACUGGACCAGUUGCGCGGCCUGUAUACAUGGCUGUGAGGGACUGCUGUCGAGGUGGCCCAAUAGAUGUUAGCUCGCUGUCUGCUUACUUAUCUACCAGAAGGAAUGCCAACUAUGUAAAGCUGGAAGCAUUUCCUUCUAUUAUUCCCUGUUCCAUAAUUCACCCGGACAAAAAUUCGUGUUUAGCUCACAAUGCUAGCGCAGCAUCAGCUACUUUCAGAAAAACGUUUCCACUUUACUUCUCCUUGACUUUUGUACCAUUUGUUGUUCUGCACCUGCAAAAGUUCAUGGACGCUCCUGUUCGCACAUGUUGGCUUGCUCUUAAAGGAGCUGUUCGCUCGACAGCAUUCUUGUCAGCUUUUGUAGGAAUCUUUCAGGGGGUUAUAUGUAUGCAUAGAAAGGUGGCUUCAACUGACCACAAACUUGUGUAUUGGGCUGCGGGUGGAAUUUCUGCCCUUUCUGUACUACUGGAGAAGAAAGCUAGACGUGGAGAACUCGCCUUAUAUGUUCUUCCCCGAGCUGGAGAUUCUUUGUGGUAUAUACUAGUGAAUCGCCACCUGCUCCCUCAUAUAAAGAAUGCUGAGGUGGCUUUAUUUUGUGCUUGUAUGGGUGGGAUCAUGUACUACUUGGAACAUGAGCUAGACACAAUGGCUCCAUUCCUCAGGGGUCUGAUCCGUAGGUUCCUUGCUAGCAGAAUUAACAACCCAGGCUCUUCAUCAAGUCGAAGUGCUUCUCAAUCGUACCUACAAACUCUUGAUGCCAUGAAGAAACCAAAAUUGAGAGAGAACCGGGAAGCUGAAACUUCUGCUUCUGAGAAAUACAAUCUUGAAUCCAUACCUGGACUCUGAACACCCUUUGUUCAGAAGUGCUCAUAUAUUAUCGAUGUAGGGGCUCAAUCUUGACAAUACAUUUUGAUUCAUUUCAUUUCGAAUUCGUUGUUAGGGCAGCUGUGUUCUGCUCAACUUUUUGAAACCCAGGGGGAGAUGAUCGGUGUUGUUUCAUAUCCUUCCACUCCUGGUCAGCAUUUGUUGAGAUACAAUUCCCAUUCAAUUUCAAGUCUUCCACAUAUCAAGAUUUUAUUUUUACUACAAUCUUCCUCCAUGGAGCUACAAUCUUCCUUCAUGGAACAGAAGUUGAAAGGAAGAAUGUGAUAUUUUUACAGCUUUAAUUAGUAGGGAUUUUCGUUUUUGUAAACAAAUAAUAACUGCGUGUUCUGGUGAUACUUACCCUGUCAAGACUAGCUUCAAAUAUUUGGUAAUCAGCACAAAUUUUUGAAUUUUUUUAUUAUUUAUUCUUUUA